UACCAAACGAAACGACAUCCGGAUAGGUAAAAGGCCGAACGCCGAAUACAUUGAAAUUAUUGUUAACGAGGAACGUUCCGGGUAUCACGUUCGCCCUUGGUUAGAUCGUUUUACUCGAGUCUCUAGCCAAUUCUUAGUGGCCAUAGAAUAUGGUAAAGAUCGUUGUUCUAUCAUCUCUAAAUUAUUAAACAUAAGGAGACUGCAUAUCGUCUCUUGAGUCUUGAGGAAGAUGACGAAAUAUCAAGUGGCAUGACCUAGACCUGACAAAUAUUGAUUUCAUCGAAAAUAUUAAGUUGUAUUAGGACAAGGACAUUAAUUUAUGAAAAACUUUUCGUAGAAUAACAACAAAAAGCAUUUUGUUAGUGGCAGGAUACGUGCAAUAUACCGUACCAGAUUUCGGCAGCAGACAAGGAAGUGAACUUGUUGUGUUGGAUCUGUGUAUGCUUUUGUAAUGAGCGUGGUGGAGCUUUUCAUUGAAUCGAGGACAAAAACAUUUGAAAUCGAAUCAGACGUUACUGGAAGCUAAGAUAGAUAAGAUGGGUCAAAAAGGAAGCAAGAGUACUCCUCCCCAAAAUAGAAACGUACAGCAUCAACGAGGAAACACGGGGUAUCCUAAACAACCUACACAACCUGCACAACAGCCUGGGAAUCCAGCACAACAAUCUGCAGGAACGCCUUAUUCGUACAGGAACAACUUCGAUUCGACAUUGACCAAAAUCUGUGAAGAAAUACGUGGUCGAAUGGACAAUGGUCUCACCGCCGUGGACAAUAAGUACGCAGAAGGAGCAUUUGAAGUGGUCCAGUGUUUUCUGAUUGGCUUGUUGAAGAGGCAAAAGGGGCAAUAUGGCUCAGGCAUUGGUAUCUCGAAAUCUGGUAGUUUCUAUGAAGGGAUGACCUGGGGAGAUUCAUACACGUUUAAAUACAUCAUCGGAUUGGAAGAUGUUGGGAAGGCUAUCGUAAAGUUGCAAAAUGCCCCAGAGCCCGGGUUCGUUGACAUUGAUCUUGAAACAGGCAACAGUGCUGGUGGUUCCAUGCAAAACAUAAUCAAUGCACUUACCAAAUCAACAGCAGAUGAAGCCAGUGGGGCAUUUUGGAAAGAUGUGGAAAUGGUUGUAAAUAACCUUCAACUUCCGCAAGGUUGGGUACCACGAGUGGACACUCUUCUAAAAUCCAGCUUUAUAAUAGAUGGCGCCUCUGUCUCCCUUUUAUAUACCGUGAAGCUUCCACAGUGCCCGAAGCCUGCUCCAAUUACAAUCAACCUGACCAUAGGCAUCCCUUUACCAGCUCGCCAUUUUCCAACUCAAAUUGACAUCCUUCAGAGGAUGCCACGUGACCAUCCCAUGUAUGACAUGAUUGUCGACAUCUUGCGAUCCUCCGAGAUCUUCGUAUUGGUGGAAAACAAGAAACUGAAGUUAUAUUUAGCCAGCGUUGUGACAAGUAUUUUUCAAAGAAUGCCUCAUUUGAUCAAAAGUGCGUACCUUACCCUGCGUGCAUUCCGGGAUAAGCAGGCCACAAGUGUCUUUAGCAUGGGAAAAUUACCGAGGUACGCAACGUCUUCAUAUAUUCUGAAAACCUUGUUCUUACACGAGUUGAUCACUAACCCGGACGGUAACUACUGGAGCUUGGCUAAAGGCAUCGAACCAAACCCGCCACAUACUCGCGACUUCAUGGCCGAUCGUUUGAUGAGCCUACUGCUCAGAUGGUCAAAAGCGUUAAAAUCGGUAAACCUGGCCAAUGUUUUCAUAUCUUCAGCGAACGUAUUGUCACCGACUGAAGAUUAUGAAGAUGAUGAUGAUUUUCUAGAUGGCCAACUCCAUCAAGUGUUUAAAAGCAGCGUCCCAGAUAUAUACAAUACUGUUAACGAGUCACAGAGAAGAAUGGAUCAACUUCAAGAACGUAAUGAGUACAGAGUACCCGCCAACAAUGGGUUCAAUCAAACAUCAACGGUCGUGCAAUGGAUGUUCUUAGAUGAGAACUUUCGCAAAGGGAGAACAUUUCAGUACACACACGCCAAACUGACAGUUCAGUAAGGACCGGAAACUUUUUCUCUCAUUUCUACCAGUACUACCAGGAUGAGGAAAUCGUCAUCCUUUUUUAAUACCAAACAUUUUAUAUCUGGCAACAUACGUCAUUCAAGUCCAACAAGGCCCCGUAGAA